UUGCAAUGGAUUGAGAGGACCAAAGAGACGGUCGAAAAGGAGAGAGACAUCACUGCCGUUAGUAAACCAGAACCUUAUGUGAGAAAAUGGGACGAAAAUGUGUACGAUUUGGCCAAAAAGAAGCGAAUUGAUGGCAGCGGCGAUGCGCCCAAUCAUUUGGAUUCGAUGCCACCGAAGGCACUGAUUGUGGCCAACGAUGUCCACAACGAUACGGUCAACGGUCUCUUGAAGGACAGUCACCGCGGGUUUGGGGAUAAAGUGAAUUCUUGGACCGGCGGGCCCUCCACUUUGGACACCUCUAUCGGCGGUGAGAAACGAUUUGUUAAUGAUUUUGACGACGAGGACUACAAUGAAGAGUUUGAUAGGGGA